GGUUGAAGUUACUGUAACUCUGAGCUGUAGAUACAGGAGACAGGCAGCAGGGGGCGGUGCUGUGCUCAGGAUGCUAACUGCUGUCAAACACCACAGAAGAAGAGGAGGAGGAGAGGAGCUGCUCGCUGUUUACAGGGUCCUCCGUUACAGUGGAGACCGCCGUUAUCACGGAGGACUAGGCUGACGUUGCCAUGGCGAACAAGACGGAGCUCCAGGUGACAGACCAAACCUCCUUCCCCUGAGGAGGAGCUGAAGAAACCCGCUGGCCGCCGGACCCGCCGCCGAGGCGCCGCCACCUUAGGAAGGCGGAGCCAGAGAGGGAAGAGGCGGGGCCCUGCGGACAAGAGGCGGGGCCCGGGCGAGAAGAGGCGUGGUCAGAAGGAAAAGAGGCGGGGUCAGGAGGAGAAGAAGGAGGGGGUGACAGUGAAGAGGAUGUGGAGCGGUGGAAAGCGACAGUACUGCGUGUUCUGCCGGCGGCCGCAGGUGAAGAUCGCUCGUCACCUGCUGAGGAAGCACGCUGACCAACAGGAAGUGAUGGCUGCCAGCACGCUGCCGACGGGCUCCAAACAGCGCCACCUGCUGCUGGAGCAUCUGCGCUGUAGAGGCAACUACCUGCAUAACAUCGAGGUGAUCAGGCAGGGCAGUGGUGAGAUCGUCCCGUGUCGUCAGCCCUCAGAGGAAGUUGAUGCGAGGAACUACCUGCCGUGCCCGCUCUGCCUCGGCUUCUUCCUUCGCUCUGAUCUCUGGAAACAUCAGGCCUCCUGUCGGAAGAAGCUGGCCUCUGACCCCUCCAAAGACCCCGCCUCCACAGGAGAGUCCACCGCUGAGCCCAUAAAGGAUUCAGCAUCUGACUCCACAGGUGAGUCGGUCUGUGAUCGAGCAGACGACAGGACCUCCAAGUCCACAGAGGACUCACCAUCUGAUCCCUCAGGAGACGCAGUCACAACGGAACAGACUGGGAACUCUGAGACUGGGUCCAAACGGGCCAUGACUUCUGAACACAGUGGGGAUCAGAACACAACCUCUGACCCUGCAGCGGACCGGCCAAGGAAGCGCAGCAGGGUCCAGGCUGCAGCUUCCCGCCUCCUCCCAAUUUCCAGUGGAGCAUCUGAAAGCUGCAGUGAAGUCCUGCACCGCAUGAACCAGGACUACAUCUCACAUCAGGUCAAAUCUGAUUGGUUGAUCUGUAAAUAUGGAAACAAGUUGAUGGGGAACCAAGAUGGCAGCCAGAAGAGGUACGAUUACGUCAGUCAGAAACUGAGGGAGCUCGGGCGGUUCCUCCUGGCUGCUAAAUCUCUGGACUCUGACAUUCAGACCCUGCAGGAUGUCCUCGCUCCAGGUCGCCUCAGCCUGGCGCUGGCCGCUGCCAGAAAGGCAUCCGGGUACCGGUGGAGCCGCCCUCCUCUGGCGGUGAAGACGACUCUGAAGACGGUUUGUGAGAUUGCCAUCGGAGAGAGUCUGCAGGACGGAGACUGGGAGGCAGCAGCCAAAACCACCGACUUCUACCACAUGCUGGGACGAGAGUGGGACAACCUAGGGCUAUUAAACCCUGAUCCUGACACAGCUGCUCCAGAGGGAGGAUCCAAGCUGAGGAAACGACCGGUCCAAUCAAGGAGCGAGAAGAAGGGUAAAGAGCCAGGUCAGGAGCCUGAACCAAGACCAGAGGUACCAUCAAAGAGCAGUAACAGACCUGUGACCUCCAUGAUUCCACCAGAGUCCAGACUGCAGACUCCUUUCACAGUUCCCGUGGCUCCCAGGAAGGUCCAGCGUCGCCCAUGGUCAUCUGCAGAGAAGGAGGCGGUCUGGAGACAGUUGGGAGUCCACGUGCUGGUUCAGUCAGUACCAGGAAAGGAAGUCUGUCAGCGCUGCCUGGAUCUGGAACCGGUCCUCAGAGGGCGACACUGGAAAGACAUUAAGAACCAGGUCCACAACCAAAUCCAGAGCCAAAAGAAGCAGCAGUUCCACGCCAAGAUGGACCUACAAGAGAACCAGGAACAACAAGACCAAAUCCAAAACCAGAAGAAGCAGCAGCUGCAGCAGCACUACCCAGCCCAAAUGGAACAACAGGGCAAGGACCACACCCAGAAGAAACAGCAGUAUCAUGUCCAGAUGGAUCACCAUGACCAGGACAACUUCCAGAAUCCAAAGAAACAGCAGUACCAUGUGCAGAUGGAUCACCAGGACCAGGGCAACAUCCAGAAUCAGAAGAAACAGCAGUACCAUACUGAGCUGGACCACCGGGACCACCAGGACCACCUUCAAAUUCACAAAAAGCAACUGUGCCAUACUAGACUAGACCACCCAAACCAUAUCCAGGUCCAUAAGAAGCAGCUGUACCAAAUGGACCAGCAGACCCAGGGACUGCAGACUACGCUGGACCGGGACACGUCUCUACUGACUGGUACACCUUAUGGACCUGAUGGGCCUCAUCAAGCCCCAGGACACUCACUUGUGGAGCGGGACCCCAUUAUCAGCCCAUAUCCACUUCCACAUAGGGCCCCGGGGCCUCAUAUCGACCAACUUCUGUCCAGAACAGAGUGGACUGACGAGUCUCUGGCCCAAAACUACCCUGUCAGCCGCCAGCUGGCCAGGAGCCUGCUCCAGGAUGUGCCCCCUGGAGGACCACCACCAAAUCCACACUCUGGACAUGUCCACUUCUGAUGAACCGGCCCACCAGGGCCCUGAACACUAAUGACUAUAUUAGACUCUGAGGACCACUCGUCCCUCCAGUAUAAAAUAAAAUAGGUCUUUUCCAUCACAGGAACUAACAACCUGUACUGUUUGGUGUUCUUGUAAUUAAAACAUACUGAUGUUUAAAAGUGACCCAAGUACAUAAAGAUGUCCCGAUCAAGUUCUUUGGAUCUGAUCCGAGUUCUUUAAUCCUCUGUAUUUGCUGAUACUGAGUCCAAACCGAUACACACAUGAAUGUGGCUCCUUAAAUCUGAAUCUAGAAGCACUCGGUCCACUCUGACUGUACCAUGCUGUUACAAACUGUUGCUUCUUGUACCUCAUGAACAGUUUGUGGUCGAGGAGAGACACAAAAACCAACAACAGCCUGGACCUUACAAGUUCUUACAGGUCCAGGUGAUGGUCACAGGUCAGUGAGUUCUUGUGGUGGAAGAGAUUCCAGACGUGGGGUCCGUCUCCUUGGGGGUGGUCAAAGAAACAAGUGUAUGAUUUUAUAUCUUUACAUCACAGAAUUUAAUAUUUCAACAAAUCACCACUCAGUGUUGUUGUAGUGACGGACUGCUGCUGUUGCCUCUUCAUUUUUACUUCCUGUCUGGUCUGGAGCUGCAGACACUGAACCAGGUCUACAGCCUCUGGUCUGUUCAGGUCUGGUGGUUUGUGUUUAUGACCAGUAGGUGGCAGAAUAACCUGUGGUCUCUACAGGAAUAUAAAACCAGUCCUACAGUCUGUGUUCUUUAUUUCUCCCAUCAUGCAUCACAGCAGAGGUCGUCACUGGUCCCAGACCUGAACCACUACUUGGGUCAGGUCUCAAGUCUGUACUGUGGAUCCACCAGUGACAAGACUCUAAUUAACCUGUUCUCAGGAGGUCCAGUUAGGUCCCCUUUAUGACGAGUCACAGGAAUUUCCAUGAGUAAAGAUCAGGUAGAAAUCAGACCCGUCAGUCCUGGGACUCUGUCGAGGACCCGGCAGGUAAAGGUGUCAGUCACCAUGGUAACCAUGAAACCUCCAUUUGUCCUUUUCUUCCUCUUGACUGAAGCUUUUGUUGAUUUUGUCGAUGAGUAAACUGAACUUCCUGUUCAGCUGAAAUCCUGUAUUUUUGUUACUUUAUAAACUGAACUGAACCAUAAAGAA